CGCGCUUCCAGCCAAGAGACGGAUCGCCAGUUCAGUUAAUUCUUGUUUAACAUCCAAGCGAAGAAGAAGUAGACGGUGCGAGCAGAACAUCGCUAGAAGUUCGUUCCAAGUGUGAUAAUUCAGUGACUAGAAGAAAGUGCAAACACAUUAUAACUAAAGAUGGCAGCAAAAGCACCAGCAGUCGGCAUUGAUCUCGGCACGACCUACAGCUGUGUCGGCGUGUUCCAGCACGGCAAGGUAGAAAUCAUUGCCAAUGACCAGGGCAACCGAACCACGCCAUCGUAUGUGGCCUUCACUGACACGGAGCGUCUGAUUGGCGAUGCUGCCAAGAACCAGGUAGCGAUGAACCCGACCAACACCAUCUUCGACGCGAAGCGUCUGAUUGGCCGCAAGUUCGACGAUCCCGCCAUCCAGGCCGACAUGAAGCACUGGCCGUUCGAGGUGGAAUCGAUCGAGGGCAAACCAAAGAUUGCGGUCGAGUACAAGGGCGAGAAGAAGUGUUUCUUCCCGGAGGAGGUCAGCUCGAUGGUGCUUACCAAGAUGAAGGAAACGGCCGAAGCUUACCUGGGCAAGACGGUGACGAACGCUGUCAUUACCGUGCCCGCCUACUUCAACGAUUCGCAGCGCCAGGCAACGAAGGAUGCCGGAACGAUUUCCGGGCUGAACGUGCUGCGUAUCAUCAACGAGCCGACGGCGGCCGCCAUCGCCUACGGUCUGGACAAGAAGACGGCCGGCGAGCGCAACGUGCUGAUCUUCGAUCUGGGCGGCGGUACCUUCGAUGUGUCGAUCCUGUCCAUCGACGAUGGCAUCUUCGAGGUCAAGUCGACCGCCGGAGAUACCCAUCUGGGCGGUGAGGACUUCGACAACCGUCUGGUGAAUCACUUCGCGCAGGAAUUCAAGCGCAAACACAAGAAGGAUCUGUCCACGAACAAGCGCGCGCUGCGCCGGCUGCGCACGGCGUGCGAGCGUGCAAAGCGUACGCUGUCCUCGUCGACGCAGGCCAGCAUUGAGAUCGAUUCGCUGUUCGAGGGAACCGAUUUCUACACCUCGAUCACGCGCGCCCGUUUCGAGGAGCUGAACGCCGACCUGUUCCGUUCGACGAUGGAGCCGGUGGAGAAGGCGCUGCGUGACGCCAAGAUGGACAAGGCCAGCAUCCACGACAUCGUGCUGGUCGGUGGAUCGACGCGUAUCCCCAAGGUGCAGAAGCUGCUGCAGGACUUCUUCAACGGCAAGGAGUUGAACAAGUCGAUCAACCCGGAUGAGGCCGUCGCGUACGGUGCCGCUGUGCAGGCCGCCAUCCUGCACGGUGACAAGUCGGAGGAGGUGCAGGAUCUGCUGCUGCUCGACGUGACGCCGCUGUCGCUCGGUAUCGAGACGGCCGGUGGUGUGAUGUCGGUGCUGAUCAAGCGCAACACCACCAUCCCGACGAAGCAGACGCAGACGUUCACGACGUACUCGGACAACCAGCCCGGCGUGCUGAUCCAGGUGUUCGAGGGCGAGCGUGCCAUGACGAAGGACAACAACCUGCUGGGCAAGUUCGAGCUGAGCGGCAUCCCGCCGGCACCGCGCGGCGUGCCCCAGAUCGAGGUGACGUUCGACAUCGAUGCGAACGGUAUCCUGAACGUGACGGCGCUCGAGAAGUCGACCAACAAGGAGAACAAGAUCACCAUCACCAACGACAAGGGCCGCCUGAGCAAGGAGGACAUUGAGCGCAUGGUGAACGAGGCCGAGAAGUACCGCACGGAGGACGAGAAGCAGAAGGAGACCAUCUCGGCGAAGAACGCGCUCGAGUCGUACUGCUUCAACAUGAAGGCCACCAUGGAGGACGACAAGCUGAAGGACAAGAUCACCGACAGCGACAAGACGCUGGUGCUGGACAAGUGCAACGACACGAUCAAGUGGCUCGACGCUAACCAGCUGGCCGACAAGGAGGAGUACGAGCACCGCCAGAAGGAGCUCGAGUCGGUGUGCAACCCGAUCAUCAGCAAGCUGUACCAGGGUGCCGGCGGUGCACCGGGAGGCAUGCCCGGAUUCCCGGGUGGUGCUCCGGGUGCGGGAGGCGCUGCUGGCGGUGCCGCCGGUGGUGCCGGAUCCGGCUCCGGACCGACCAUCGAGGAGGUUGACUAAAUCAUUCACCCCCCCUCCCUCCUACAACAUUCCGACGGAUGGAUGGGCGCACGCCGCGUACUGAAAGGAAGAUAUACACUGGGGCGAAAUCCAUAUAAACCACGCUGGCGCCAACACAACAACGGAUAUAGUAGCCCUUUUGUUUCUUCCGCUUAUCUUCUUCUUCUUCUGGACACAUUGAAACAUCAUAAUACCCCCCCAUGUGGCUGCUUGAUGAUAGCAUGCUUUUUAUGCAGAAAAUUUCUAAUUUCCUAAACCAACGCUCGACGACGACGACAGCAACUAUUGCCAGCCACCACAAACACCAGCAGCCGAUGCCGACAGCCAUUUAAGCCCUUGCGGUCAGGGAUAGGAACAAGGAAGCACUUUGGUGCAUUGCGUAUGUGCACGUGAUAAGCCGCAAACAAGUAUUUUACUUUAGUGUUGAAUGUUAAAUCAUUUCGUCGUAUGUGUCUUCGAGAGCUUGUUCUACUUCUUACCCGAGCGAUGAAAUGUGCUGCAAAGGAAAAACAAUACUAACAUGAAACAAUAAUAGUUGAAAUAAAACGGAACACGAAUUACGACUUCAACGAACAAGAUCCCUAUAGUUGAAGCGAAAUUAGAAACAAAUUUACUUGCGUUUUGUAUUGCGAGCAAGGUGUAUAUAUUUAGAAGGUGAAUUUUUGUCGAUUUGGCAGGUAGACAUUUUGGAUUUUGGCCGGUCGAGAAACUUCAAAGUUUGUUUACUUAAUCAUAUGGUUUGGGACUACCAAAAUAAACAAACAUAAAGCAUCGUUUUUCGGUUCAGUAAA